AUGGCAACAGUAGACUGCAGUAGCGAUCGUGAUCAGGACGACAACACAGAUGAUAACAAUGUAUCGGAUGAAGAUGAAUGGUUAAAAAAAACUCAAGAUAUUGCUGAUAAGUGUCCGAAAAUACCUCACUAUGGUCGUUUCUUUCGUCCAAAUGAUUUCUUUGAAAAGCGUGCCACAUAUGGCGAUGGCGGUGAACUAAUUCUUAAAUAUCCUAUUUGGAUGUUUGGUGCCCUAUCGAAACAUGUCAAUGACGUAAGCACUGACGUAAGGGAAGAAUUAUUAGAAGUAUUUCAUAAAUUAAAUGAUGAGCGAAAGGAUUUUCAUAAAUAUCCACUGCCUGUUGAAGAUAUUGUUGAUCCUGAUCUUCUGGUAUGUAAACCCAUAAAACCAUUAUCACCACCACCGUCACCACUUCCUACUACCGAAGACAGUGAAGAUGAAGACAAGAAAGAUUAUGACGCUUGUAACAAAUGGAAUUUUAAUUCAUUAACCUUACGUGGAUCUUAUCAAUGGAUACCAAGUGAAUUUCGCAUCCGUCAUGUUGCCAGUAAUAACUACGAUGUGCAUAUUGAAACACCUAUUAGUCAUCUACCAAUGACUGAAGAAUAUGCGCAAACAUACAAAAAUUUAGAAAAAGUUUUUUCCAAAUUAGUACCAAUAUUUCGCCGAAUACUGUCUAUCAAUAAUCAUGAUAAUGAUAUCCGACUGCAAGUUAUUGUAAAAGUACAAAGUUAUAAUAUUCAGCCGAGAACAAAAUAUUCGGGUCGUUGGCAUACUGAAGGUUGUACUGAACAUAUACAGGCAGUUGGUGUUUAUUAUUUGUAUAUUGAUGAUAACUUAGAAGGUGGUGCCUUGAAGUUUCGCCCGGCAAUAUCACCAAGUAAAUAUUAUGCCGACCAUUAUUCCAUUAAAACCGAUCGCUAUGUCAUGCCAGAAACAGAUGCAGCCAUUGUAUUUGAUAAUUCUUUGCCACAUCGUUUUUGUUCAAUUCGUAAUUCAACAUCAAUUGCUCGUCGUCGUACAUUUCUUAAUUUUUUUGUUGUGUGUCCUAAGUAUCCGAUCCAUGAAUUAUCAAUUUUGAAUUUACCAUUGGUUAGCUGUGAACAAUGUCAGAUUAUAUUGAAAAGUAUUAUAGAUGAGAAUCAUCGACAGAAACUACCAGAUUUAGUUAUCGAAAAAAUCCUCUCAUUUCUGGAGAAGAAUAUGUGGAAAACAGAUACGGAUGCAAAAGAAUUUCGUUCACAUGUAAGACAUGAAAUGGUGCACGAGAACAGUGGUUGGAGUGGUAUUCAUUAUGGCAAUUUUGGUGAUAUUGUGUUUAUUAAAUCGGCUAAUGAUUUGAGGCAAAGAAAAAAGCAACGAGACUACAGAGAAGCUCAGAGCAAAUUGAUACAUACAGAAUCGGACUAGGAAGAACAUAAAAGUCAAUAUCGAACUUUUACUACUAAAUUUUAGAAUUUCUAUCAUUGGAUAAUAUCUUUUGAAAUAAGAAUCGAUCCUUGAAUAAACAUCAAACAUAUUACUAAUGAUUAACUAGGGUGUGGGUGUGGGUGUGGUUGUGGGGUGUGGGUGUGGGUGUGGGUGUGGGUAUGGGUGUGUGGGUGUGGGUGCAUUAAAGAUAAUACUCACACUCAUACCCACGCCCACCCACACCCACACCCACACCCACACCCACACCCACACCCACCCACACCCACACCCACACCCACACCCACACCCCACAACCACACCCACACCC